AUGGGUGGAACGCUGUUCCACGGCCAACAGAAGUGCCAUUUCAGCUCCACGCGUGUAGUACAAUCGUUCUCGAUGUUUUGUUUAUUUCGUUAAGCGAAAUACAAGAAGCGCAAGAAUAAAACGACCAGAACAACCUCCAGGCCAUUACGUAAUCACGUAUUUUCCAGAAGGUCAAGUAACUUUUUACCAUCAAUCGACGGAUGAUUGCACCCUUUGAGAGGCAGCCGCGCGUACGCCCAGCUAUAACUAGCAAUAAUGUUGAAAAAUCAAUCCGACGAUGUGUCCAACGGUGAUUUCGUUCGAGACACUGAAGAAAAAUUCUCGCAUCGUCGUCUUUUAAAACCGAUAUUUCUAACGAAUUGCGCGGAUGUAGAUCUUGCUUGAUUGAGACGUAAAAUGGAAAGUGUAAUAUAUUGAGAAAACGUCUUUGAAAGCAUUAGUACUUUACAUUUUCUCGUUAUAACAUAAGUUCAAUUAUAAUAGAUGGAAAGUAUAGAAGUGAGGUAGUGCAAAAUUUAAUUCUGCGAACCAAUAAUUUAUUUGAUUUUCACAAUCAAAAUUAUAUUGUCACUUAUUUUUCAAACAUGUUCCUUUGUUUGUAGAUUUAUAAAUCUGAAGAUUUUUUUGGCCAUUAUCUAUCUUUCUUUGUCAAUUUAGAUACUAACAGCAUUUAACUCAUUGUAUUGUGCUUUAUUACUUGAAUCAUAUGUUGUGCAAAAAGAUCCCUACUGGGUUUAUUUUUUUCAUGGCUUAUCCGUUGAGAAGCUGCUGCCAAGGGAAGCUUUCUAUCAAUAGUGUAGGUACAUCAGCUCUUGUACCUUUUAUCUUUUUAAGCUUAGCUUAACUUUCCAACAGACCUGCACUAAAUAUAUUUAGUUGUCUAAAUAAUAUUUAAUCGCAUGUUCGCACAUAUACUUAUUAGACAAACAGAUAAUGCACGCAAUACGAUUCUAACAAUGGAUUUAUAAUCAUGUUAUAUAUUUGUCUCUUGAAAUGUGUUUUCAAUUAUCAUCUCGUUUCCAUCCGUUUUUCAGCAGCUGAAACAACUUAAUUCGAUCGCAGCGGGACAAUAGCUCGGUCGCAAAUGUCGACAUUCCCGGCUGCCGAUCUCUUUCUUGCCCACGCGAUCUUUUUCCCUGGCACGGCUCUCCCACAUUCGGUUCUAACCUGACCGCAUUCCAGGAAGAAUCUGUGUCUCCGCCUAUCAGAAUGCACUUUACAUCGUUUUCGACGCGCGAAACUACAGCAUCAGUUCAGUAUACUUUGACUGAAUUGGAUCGGCUACAUCGCUUAAAUUGCUAUAUACACAUGUGUUCAAUCCCGAGAAAAAAUGGAGAGGAGAGAAUUCAAGAGACUUACGUAUUACUAUUAUCGCAAUUAGUAACAGAGAAGCUUCGAAAGAUAGCAAUUUUUGAAGGAAUAAUCAAGAUUCUUGCAAUAACCGAGUAACACAAUGCAAGCGCAUUUUACCAGUUAUCUGUCUUAUUUAUUGUUUUCACACGAAGUAACUGAUUCGACUCCUACACGAUGCACUAACGAAUCCUCAUAAAAAGAUCCACUGUCGUAGAAACUUAUCAUACAGUACAAUUGGCUUUGCUUGGUAAUUAUAUUAUUUGUAAUAUUCUUAUUUCUGAUCGAUUAAUAUAUCUUAUUAUUUAAAACAUUAAACAGAACGACGAUAAAAAGGAAGAGUAUAAAUGUUACAAUGAAUGUAUGCAAGUGACAGACCAGACCAUGGCACUCUUUUAUACAGUAAAUUUAAAUUUAUUUAUCAAGAACUUUUGCAUCACGAGGGAUCAUAAGGAAGUCUGUGCCACUUCCUGA